AUGCUGUACAUGGUGCAUGCACGCACGGAGAACGAAGCGGGGUUUGCAGCUUUGCAAAAGGUUACUUUUCCUUGGCUACAUGCAAACACCGAGAUACAACAAAUUACUCUGGAAACAACGUACAAUGAUGAUCUUCAUUCCGUCAUUUGUAUUUGUUUUGUUGCUCGAUUACGAAGAAUCAAUAUGCAGGACUCUAAUGCACCUAAGCUAAUCCAUAUCGAAACAAAAAGGAAUCUCCAGAGAGUGAAAGACACCGCCGUUAUACAUUUGAGGAAGAAAACACGCAAGCUUGUUGUUUAUAAACGCUUGCCUUGUCUGAUAGUGACGAUGCCGGGACGUACUUACCUCUUCAUAACAUGGGGUGUUGUGUAA